AUGAAGUUCAAAGCAGCAAAAUCCAGAUCUGUUGUCAUAAAGAAAGGACAGACAACAAAGAGGUUCAAACUCUACGUACAGAACGAAGAGAUUCCUUCCAUAGUGACGAGUCCAAUAAAAUGCCUGGGCAGGUGGUUUGAUGCAAGCCUACAAGAUCGCGACAAUAUCAAGAACUUAAAGCAACAGGUAGAGGAGGGUCUCAAGAAGAUAGACCGCUGCGGACUACCCGGCAAGUUCAAAGCCUGGCUUUACCAGCAUGCACUGCUCCCAAGACUAAUCUGGCCGUUUACGCUUUACGAGGUACCCAGGACAACAGUGGAAGCCCUGGAGAGAAUCACUAGUCGACACCUCAGGAAGUGGCUAGGAGUUCCACCCAGCUUUACCAGUAUUGGACUCUAUGGGAAGAGCAACAAGUUACAGCUCCCGCUAUCUUCACUGGUAGAAGAGUUCAAGACAGCAAAAGCAAGACUUGUGUUGACCUUGAGGGACUCUCCGGACGAGUUCAUCCGUGAGGCAGGGAUCCAAACCCGAACGAGCGGGAAAUGGUCAGCGACAAAGUAUGUGAGCCAGGCAGAGAACGCGCUCACGCACAAAGACAUUGUCGGAGUGACUGCAGUUGGACGUGAAGGAAUUGGUGCGAGAAAGGUGGUACUGUGGAGCCGAUCAGACUUGAAAGAGAGGCGAGCGAGGAUUCAGUCUGAGGUCAGGAGGGCGGAAGAAAAUGCCAGACAAGCAAGGGCUGUGGAGAUGGGAGCGCAGGGAGCAUGGACCACGUGGAAUACCGCAGACAGGAGGUUGACCUGGGGAGACAUCUGGAAGUAUGAGCCUUUUCAAUUUUCCUUUUUCCUCAGGUCUGUCUAUGACCUACUACCAUCCCUAGUGAACUUGUGCCGAUGGGGACUCACAGCAGAGCAAAAAUGCAGCCUGUGUGACAGAGUAGGCACCCUAGAGCAUGUUCUGUCAUCUUGUAGUACAGCACUGACACAGGGAAGAUAUAGAUGGAGGCACGACUUGGUCCUCAGAGAGUUGGCUGACUUGCUAGAGAAGGAAAGGAAGAAGGAACAUGGUAAUCACCCCCGCCAUGGGCACAUCGCUUUUGUCAAAUCGGGUGAGACCGUGAAGACACAGAAACCAACAAAAGCAUCAAUUCUUGAUGGCUCUAGAGACUGA